AUGACAGCAUUACAGGCAGCUGCGAAGAAGGUCACAAAGGAAGCUGCUUUUUUCAUGAAAUUUCUCAUCCUUAAGGGUGCAAGAACAUCCGCUAGAUGCAAGGACGGAAGCAGAAAGGAUAUCGGCCUUGAAAAAGGCGCACAAAAUAUCUCGCAGUACGUGGGUAUGACUUGGGAUGACUUGAUAAAGGAGUAUCACAAACAGAAGACUGCUCCGGAGUGA